UUAAAACAAGAAAUUGCAAAGUCUCUUUUUAUGGAGGAGGACUCAUCAGACUCAAAUGAAGAGUUCUUUGACACUAAAGAAGUUGAUCCUUCCUUUGUGAGAAGUAACCCUGUUCCAAAAGAGCCCUCACAUAAGGAUGAUUCAGAACCUGCAGCAGAGACUAACCCCUGAGGAUCUGACAGAUCUGCACCUACAAUUUGAAGUGAAAGAAGUUAUUUUGGAAUUGACCAAACAACAACAGAAAGAGGAGAUCACAGUUUUGGUGUUUAGAGUACAGCAAUUGGGUACUGAAGCUUAUGUUAAGACCUAUGAUCUUCAAGCUGUGGCCUAUCUAAAAACAAUUAGUCUGGACUACUAUGAUGUUCUAGGUCUCCAUACACAGCCUCUUCAUCUAAUAAACUCUUCAGAUAAAGAAGGUCUGGAUCUCUUGAAAGUAGAAUAU